GCCCCCUUCCUGGUAGUGACAGCCCAGCCUGGGGUUACCACAUGGCUCACCUGUGAAGCAAUCUUCCCGGGAGAGGGCUGAGCGCCUCAGCCAGGGGCCUAUAAAUGCUGGGCCCGCAUCUCACUGUCAAAUCCCUCUGUGUGGCUCCUCAGCUUGGACAGAGCGCAGGACCAUGGCGGACCAAAUGUCGCAGCUGGAAUGCAGCAUAGAAACCAUCAUCAACAUCUUCCACCAGUACUCUGUGCGGCUGGGGCACUACGACACCCUGAACAAGAAAGAGUUCAAAGACCUGGUGAAAAAAGAGCUGCCAAACUUUCUCAAGAAGCAGAAGAAGGAUGACAAAGUCAUAGAAGACAUCAUGCAGGACAUGGACACAAAUGAAGAUGAGACGCUGAACUUCCAGGAGUUCUGCAUGCUGGUGGCCAGGCUGACGGUAGCCUCCCACGAGGAGAUGCACAAGGACACCCCCCGAGGAGAUGACCACAGACACGGGCCAGGCUUCGGGAACGGUGGCCAGGGCCCAUGCCCCAGCCGUGGUGGCCAAGGCGGCCAAGGCCAAGGCAACCACGGCCACGGCCAUGGCCACAGCCACGGUGGCCACGGCCACGGCCACAGCCACUAAUAAGGAGGCCAGGCCACCAGCCCCUGCCCACCUAGGGCCACGGAGUGCCUUUGCUGUUGGGUAGGAGGAUCAGGGGCGAAAUAAAGUCUUCCUCCAAGCCA